AUGUUUAUUUAUUUUUUUUUGACAGACGAGCAAGGUGUUGUCAACAAUCAGGAGUUGAUAACCCCACCAGAAAACAUUGCGCAAGAGGUUGAAAUUACCACCGAAUCACAACACGCCCUAGGACACGUCACAAAUCCUGCCUCCGCCGACGUUCCGGCCCCCGAGGAUGGUUCUCACAAUCUCCCAGAUGUCUCAAGCUUACGCACCGAAGCUAGCGUUACGUGUAGACCGCGUCACUCGGAGGGUCAGGGGGUGAAACGUUUGAGGUUACCGGAGUGGGGAACGGACGAUGUACCAAGCACCAGUCGUUUAAGGAGUUCGGAGAAUAACGAGCAGCGAUAUGAUGAAGGAGGGGUGACAGCUUGGAGCGAUUCUAUGGUGAGCGCGUGGGAUCGUGCGUCUUUUAGCGAUUCGGCAAGCGAGGAGGAGACGGAAGAACUGCCUAACGAAGACCCUCAAGAGCUGUUCCGUGAACGUGACUUAAAUAGAAGGCUUGAUUAUGAUAUGCUUCGCCGUGUUAAUCGACGGUUUGGCACACUUUUCGAUUUGAGCGGUCAAGCAUUGUCCUAUCGGGGUGCAGAAGAGAUCGUGGGUAAUGCUCAAAGUGAUGUGGUAGGGAUUUUGAGGAACAUCAUCGAAUGCCAGCAACAGCUCAACGUAUCCUUACGUCACGCUGCCGAAUUUUGGAGAAGCUGUCACGAACAAUUAUAUGGUGAAUUUCGUCAGUUUCAACAGCGCAUGAACGGGGUACCGGGAGAAAUCCAUCAG